UUCAACAGUGAAAUGGAAGAAAAAUGUGGACGUGGAGGUUGGCGCACCGCUCAUCUCCAACUCAAAAGCGGCGGAGCUCCGAUUCUCCAAUUUGAAAGAGAAUCGAGUCCAGCAUUAUGCAAAACGACGAGGCCAAGAUCUUGCUGGGAUUUCCCCCUAAUUCCGUCCCCUCCCAAUCUCAGAUUAAGUCUGCCUACAGAAAGAAGGUUUGGGAAACUCACCCCGAUCGUUUUCCGCCUCAGCUGAAAGCCCAAGCCGACUCCAAUUUCAAAUUGCUCUCAGAAGCGUAUACUUUGUUGAACUCUUCAGGAGGAAGCAGAAGAAGAGCUCCAACAGCAGCACCCUACUACUCUAAGGUGGUGAGGACUGGUGUCCCAAACUCAAAGGGUGGACGAGGCAGUAUGAGAGCUGCAUCGGCUCCUUUUCUGUUAAUAAUAUUUGGAGCACUUGCUCUUGGCGGAUCAACUGCUUCAAGGGCUUAUCAAAGACAGAAGGAGGCUCAUCCCUGUUUCAAUCCCUUUCUCCCUUGAACUUCAGUCCAUUUAUAAUCACUUAGGAUACAAAAAUAUGUGUGAGCCCUCCCUCACAUAAGCUUAAAAACAGUUGUUGUUCUUGUAUAUAAAAAUACUUUUCCAAAAAAAUAUGUUCUCAUGAUUAAAAAUUAUUUUUGUUAUAAAUACGAUUGAUAGACUUUCAAGUGA